GUUAUCUGUGUUUCAGAUUGUGAACAUGAUGAGCCUAAUGGUUAGACAGCCAUACUCUUAUCUGAUGGUAUUUUACUUAUUUGUUCCCAUCUGUGGAAGAGGUCAAGGCAUGUAUCAAGAAUUACAGUCAAGAUAAUGGGUUUUACUUUCUGGGGACAAUACGCUGCGAUGGGGCAAAGCAUUGACUACUCGUUUCCUUCCUGUGAGGUUGGGCUGGCAGUCCGACGAGGAACGACAUGGAAAUGUGCCCCACAGCAAUCUCUGACAGUCAACUGUCCUGUUACACACUGUGGAAAACCACUAAGCAUCACCUGGUGUAAAUUAAUCAAUGUAAACAGCUGCGAACGGAUCAAUAAAACAGAGAAUAUAGAGAUAAGACAGCACAACAACUCAUCUGAGGAUAAACUGAUUUCAGAUUUAACUUUCAAAUUGAUUUCUGUUCAUGAUGAUGGCCUGUACAGAUGUGUUUUAAAUGGGUACAAAUACGAAAUCGGUCAUAUCAUCAACAUCUCAGUUUCAGACACACACGAGGGGGUUGAAAUAACGUACAAUACGGACAACACUGCAGUUGCAUCACUGAGUGCUACUGCUGCUGCUUCUGCUGGUGAUGCUGCUUCCAGUGAAGCCACGUCCUGGCUGCCCUACUUCUAUAUCUGUAUUACCAUAGUUCUUCUGGUUUUCACAUUAACAGUGCUUAUACUCCUGCAUUUUUAUGGCUGCGAAUAUAUACUGACCUUCAAGCCAACCAUGGGACAGGAAAUCUCCACUCACAUAAUACCCGACCUCCCCAGGAGGAGUGCUCCCACCACUCCUGUCCUACAAGCCCACUUCGUUCUGAAUGAUAUCUACUCCACAGGGACACCACUAUCACCGGCCGCAGUGAUUACCAGUGGGGAUCAGCCUUUGGCAAACACAGCUGAUGAAAGUCAAGGGUCUGACAGUGCAGGGUAUUCUGUCAUCAACCAUAAACAGUCUGGGAAUCCUGCCAGAAAUCAACAUGCUGUGACCAAACAAGAUAAAAACCCAGAAUAUGCCUCUAUCAGUGUUUCCUGAACAUUUUGAUUUAUCAUAGACACAUGGAUGGAAAAAUGUUCACAAGCACACAGUGGUGUACGAGUGGUGUCAUGGAACAAGCGAAGAGGUUACACCAUCAGCCACACUGUGGAACAUGUGUAUGGGGGAGGCUUGUGGUCAUGCAGCAUGCCAUCUUAAAUUGACCUGGCUACAGCAGAGCAGAAGGAGCUGUCUCUCAGCCUCACAUUUGCUCUAGCUGAGGCCGUUUUUUUUAUUAUUCAUCUCUUGUUAUUUUUCUUUUGUGAUUUUUCUCACCCUAGUCAAUCCAUUUACGUGACUUGGAAAACUUUUUUGACUUCUGUCAAAAACACUGUUGGACACAGCUUUGGCAGUUUGCAUAUACAAAAAACUACUCAGUGA